AUAAUCAUCAAGUUCUAUCGCAACUCAGUUCACCCAUGAAAACAUCGUGAAUCUGACAGUUGCAGAUGCGACGAAUACCGUGCUUCACACUGCCUGGCUGCUCAUCACGCCGUGCAGGUCGGUCCUGGCAACGGUUGCCGUCCUAGAACGGCUACCGUCCCACAAACGGCCAUGGAGCCAUGACUGAUGGCGUACUGCCGAAUUCUAAUAUAUUUAUUUCGGACAAGUGGGUUUUGUGUGUCAAGAAAGCAUUGACAUACAUGUCAAUUGCGGACAACUGUUGACGUUCAAGCAUUUAGUGGCCUUCCAGGAAUCAUGUUAGUCAACGAGAAACCAAUUACCCACAAUGUCGAAACGGUAGAUGAUGUGUCUGCCCUCCCAGAUGCUACAGCUAGUGAGGAGAGUAUCGAGUGGACCGAGGCCGAGGAGUCGAUUGUCCGCCGGAAGCUGGAUUUGAAAUUAGUGCCGUUGUGUACCUUUUUGUACAUGCUCUGCUUUAUUGAUCGUGCCAAUGUUGGUAACGCUCGAAUCCAAGGUCUGGCGGUCGAUCUCGAACUUAGGGGGUACAAGUUCAAUUGGGCUUUAUCAGCCUUCUAUGUCACCUACCUGAUUUUCGAAAUUCCUAGCAACAUCCUCUUGAAACGGUUCGGCCCGCGUAUCCACCUUCCAUUUCUCGUCGGCGGCUUUGGGUUGGUCUCAAUCUGUACGUCCUUCGUCACGACCUUCGGAGGCUUGGUUGCUGCGAGGGCAGCUCUCGGCGUCUUCGAAGGUGGUACUAUGCCAGGACUGGCUUUCAUGAUGAGCUCUUUCUAUAAGCGCACUGAACUCACUUUACGAAUUGGAUGCUUUAUUUCAGCUGCCGGACUGGCAGGAGCUUUUGGCGGACUGCUUGCUACGGUGCUUAGCAGAAUCCCUGCGUGGGGCGCACCUUCGAUGAUAAUACAUACCUGGCGGAACAUUUUCUUCUUCGAGGGUAUAUUCACAGUUCUCACUGCGAUGUUGGCCUACUUCCUACUCGCAAACUCCCCCGGUGAGGCAAGAUUCUUGACCACUCGAGAAAGACAGAUCGCUGUUCAGAGAUUGGCCAGGGAGAGGGUAGAACGAAGCACUGAAGAAGUCUCGCGACAAGAUGUUAAAAGAGCCCUGACGUCUUUUCACACCUAUCUUUGCGGAUUUGGCUUUCUUUUCAUCAACAUCACCAUUCAAGGACUCGCCGUUUUUCUUCCGACGAUUCUUGCUGAUCUCCGAUGGACCUCUACAAAAGCUCAACUCAUGACGGUGCCCCCGAAUCUCGCCGCCGCCAUCGUGACUAUAUCGAUCGCAUACGCAAGCGAUAAAUGUGCAAUUCGUGGACCCUUCAUUAUAGGUCUUUCUAUUGUUGGUAUGAUCGGUAUGGUUGUCCUGCGCUGGAACACCGAGGCAAGCAUUCGCUACAUGGGGGUGUUUUUCGUCAUGUGCGGUGCUUCACCAGGAGGUCCAAUGUUCCUAACCUGGGGAAUCAAUAAUGCUGCUGGGCCUACUGUACAGGCCAUUACGAGCGCACACAUAGUAACCCUUGGAACCUUUGGUGGGAUUAUAGCAACCUGGUCAUAUCUCGUAAGAGAUGGUCCUCUAUAUCAUACAGGACAUACCCUCAACUUCAGUGGCAUGAUCGUAGUUCUUUGUAUCGCUAUUAUGGGCAUGUGCUACUGUUACUACGAGAAUAAAGCGAGAAGGUCUGGGAAGCGAGACGCGAGGCUGGCUGGCCUUAGUGAGGCAGAGCAAGACAAGCUUGGCCACGAUCAUCCUUCUUUUGUGUUUCUACUUUGAUACAUAGGAGCAGCCUCCGCCUGCACACCUCCCUGCUCAGAAUAAGUAACAUGGCCGGAUGCUCUGGGGCGGAAGCUGCCGUGCUCUAGUCGAGAUUCCCAGGAAUCAUUGUCAUUUUUCCGCUGUCAAAGCUCAUAGUACCAAUGAAAAGAAGCUGGUGUUUUCACUCCGUGUCAUCUAGAUGCGACGUUUGAGUAGAGUGGUCUGGGAUGAAAUGAAGAGAUACAC